AUGAACGAGAAUCAGCAAAAUAUCAAUAGCACGAAGAACAAGUCAAUUGGUACAAAGUUGCAAAGUAUCAAAUUACCUGGCUUCAUUGCUUGGAUUCCGCCCGUUGUGAAAGAUUGGAGUAAGCUGAAACCCGUUCUCAGGAGCGCACUUGCAGCAUGGAUUUGUAUGGUUUUCAUGUUAAUCGACCCGGUAGAGAAAAUGCUGGGAAACGCAAGCUUUUUAAUCUUGAUCGGAAUAUUUAUUCAACCUGCCGAAUUACCCGUCGUUGCGGUGAUCGAAAGAGAGUUCUUCACUCUUUUGCUUACAAGUACAUGCUGGGCAUACGCAAAUCUGGCGAUCUUGUUCGCACAUUUGGCACGAAAACGCCGUCUUUCUCCAGCAGAAACCGAUAUCAGAUUGGUAUUCACGGGAGAAUAUAUUGAAACAGCUCCAAGUGCUAUUUGUACGGCAUUUUUGGCCGUUGGUGUUGCUCUUACUCUUUACCUCAAAGUCAAAUUCGGUCCUAGCCCUUUCAUCUUUGCAACGAUUUUAGGAUGCAUUUGCUUGGAUAUCGUUUUGGUUUAUGCACCACUUUAUCCUUAUCCUCAAUAUAUCUUAGGACGUACAAUCAUGGUGCCGCUUGCUGUCAAGGCCGGAAUCGUCAUUUUGGUUUCUCUGGUGUUCUUCCCCAAAUCGGUGAAUUCCGCCUUCGUUGAAAGGCUGUUGAACGUGUUACGCCCUCUGGAGGGUAGCAGUGAACAAUUACGUCAAGAAAUGAAAAAUUCGGCUUUAGAUCCAACGUUCAACUUUGAACUUUAUAAGGAUAAAGUCUUGGCAGCUGAAGCAGGUUUGUUACCUUUGCAAGGACAAGCACGUCUUCUCUUACGUGAAUUGAGCUUUUCGUUGGCUUCGGGAGAAGAUUUACAGACGCUCGUGCUUUCUGCUAGGAGAUUGUUAGCACCAGCAGAUGGGAUUGCAUUCUACUUCAGUCUUGUCUAUUCGGAUGUGAGGGGAAUGGAUAUCAAGAAUCAUCCUCGAAUGCCGCAAUUCAUCACUCCAGGUCAAACAAGACCAUCAACCCCGAUUCAAACAAGACCGACCACGCCGAUACAAUCUAAGCCCGGCACGCCAUUUGAUUCACGGCCCAGCACGCCUCAACUUGAAGAAUCAGCUAUGUCAAAAGAUGCUAUCGACAAUACAUCUUCUCACGAUAGCUCUUAUCGUGGGGGAGGAGUAGGAUCUACAAGACCUCGACAUCGAUUCCCCAGUAAACUCAGUGCAGGCUUGAUACAUCCAACUCCGCAAAGACACAGUUUUGAAUUGCGUAAACGGCUUCACGAGCUUACCCAUCCACAUCACCAUAAGCAUGCACCGAUCGAAGUUGGAUUAUGGGAAUCUAUACGGUAUACAGCAUUUGAAUCGCAAUUCCAUGGUCGAGAGAACGAUCAUAUUAGUGAAAUGUGUAUGCGCAUUUUGGCAGAAGCGAGUGAGGACUUGCUCGUUCAACAAGGAAAGGUGUAUGCCGAUAUUCGAAAUUGGCUUCAAAAGUUGAAUGGCGAACGGACUUCAAUGCUUGUCAAAUUGUGCACGUUCAGAUCUACAAAAUUGAACUCGACACUUUUGCAAAACAAGGAUGGAUCUCCGAGAUUGAUAUCUGAUACAAUUGCAGAAUUGGAAGCAGAGAUUGAAAAGUUCAAAAAGCGAAAGCAAAGAAUAAUUGAACCUUUCCGAGCAAGUGUUGAUGCAAAUGUGGAAGGUGAUAAACUUCCUCAUCGAUAUUUGUUCCAAUCUUUGACCUUUUGUCACUUUCAAGUCGUUUAUUCGCAAAGGUUGAUUGAAUUUUUACGCAAAUUGGAAAAUAUCGAGAAACGUAGGAAGGCAUUCCACUUUUGGUUCCCAAAACCGCCUUCUUUGUUCCGUGUGGAUGCGUGGAGUACACAUGAAGCUCACGGUGAAGGAGAACAUGAUGAAGAUCCGGAUGAAGUGCCAGGAAUGAUUUCGAGCCUUGGACAAACGAAAGCGCGCGAUCCAGAUGCUAUGGAUUCGGAUAGUCGAUUGCAAGAAUUAGGAAUCAAAUUAUCAAGUUAUUUACAUACCAUUCACAAAGGCAAUUCUUUAUUCAUGAUCAAAGUUGCCGUAACAACCGUCUUGGUCGCUUUACCGUCCAUUUUACGAUCUUCUGCCGGUUGGGCUUACAAGAAUAAAGCGAUUUGGGUGAUCAUCAUGUCACAAUUGUGUGCCGCUCGUCAUCGAGGAGAAGUUCUUUUUGGUUUCUUCUCACGUGUUAUUGCAACAUUUUUAGGUGCGAUUGGCGGUUUGAUCAUUUGGUAUAUCGCUUCAGGAUCAGGAGUUGCAAAUCCGUUUGCAUUAGCAGUUGUAACGGCGAUUGCAUUCCCGAUCGUAAUGAUGGGUCGUAUUCAUUUCCCCGGACCGCCGAUCACGCCUAUCAUUACAUGUGUUACCGUUGCAUUGAUCGUUGGCUAUUCUUGGAUGGAUUCUCAUAAUCCAACACCUGGAAGUCCUGGAAUCGGAUGGGAAAUCGGAUGGAGAAGGUUUAUUGAAGUUAUUAUCGGAGCAGCAGCAGCUUAUAUAAUGUCAAUCUUACCGCCAACCAGUAGUAUGCGAACGUAUUUCCGUUUGAGUCAUGCUACGAUUAUUCGAGAAACUGGAGGGUUGUUCUGUGAGAAUAUUUAUCUGGCGGCAACACCCGGACAACAUGAUACAAAAGACGUUUUGGAUAAGCUACUAGCCGUUCGCAGUAAAAUUCGUCGUCUUUCGGUGUUGAAGGGAUCGAUUAGCUUUGAAUGGUCUUUACGCGGUAAAUGGCCAAUUCAUAGAUAUGAACAUCUUGAACGAAUAGAAUUACGAAUUUUACGUUUAUUGACGCAUGCGAUCACGAUUUAUGAAUCGUUAGGACCUGCUUACUCUCGUGCGCUACUCAAACGAACUCGAUUUUUGGAUCCUACUUUUUUGGCGGAUUGUAUUGCCGUGCUUUCGAUGUGUACGACAUCCCUUUCAACCGGUCAACCAUUACCGCAAAUCGCACCAGUCUUGAUCGAUCGUUAUAUGUGUAAACCGAUGGGAUUCAAAAUUCGUUCACAUGAAGUGACAGAUACGCCUGAUGAAACUUUGGAUGACAUUAUGGAAUCUUUACCUGCAACAGUCACAUUUGAAACUCUUCUUGAUGAAAAAUAUCAAACUUUCGCUGUUGGUGCUUCUGUUGCUUUUGGAAUUACGGUUCAUUUGGAUAGGCUUUGUGUGGCUGUAAAAAGUCUCGUAGGGGAAACAUACGCCGUUCCUGCCGACCUACAAACUUAUCAUCCUUUCUCUUCUGCAGUUAAGCAUUGA